GAAGGUUGUGAGAAGGGAUUAAAACACACACACAGCUGUUUACUAAAGGUGAAUGGGUUCGUGGGAAAUCCUGAUGCCAUCAGGGAAAUAUUGAGAAUAUAUUGGCUUUGUAUUUCUCAAGUUUCUUAAAUGGGAUAUUCUACUGCUUUUCUUCUGUUUGGAAAUGAGUGAAGCCACAAUGGCAAGUCCAGGCAAAGACAAUUAUCGAAUGAAGAGCUACAAGAACAAGGCUCUAAAUCCACAGGAGAUGCGCAGACGCAGGGAGGAGGAGGGUAUCCAGCUUCGCAAGCAAAAGAGAGAGGAACAGCUGUUCAAGAGGCGGAAUGUGUGUGUGCCGUCAAGCGAUGAGGCCAUGUUCGCAUGUCCCAUUCAGGAUCCUGAUGUCAGUUCUACUGUCCCAGUAUCUGCAGAAGGAGUUAUAACUCAAGACAUGGUUCAGAUGAUCUUCUCUGAAGACCCAGACCAGCAGCUAAUAGCGACCCAAAAAUUCAGGAAAUUACUUUCCAAAGAACCCAACCCUCCUAUUGAUGAGGUCAUUCUCACACCAGGGGUUGUCAGCAGGUUUGUAGAGUUCCUGAAGAGAAGUGACAACUGUACCCUUCAGUUCGAAGCUGCUUGGGCCUUGACCAACAUCGCAUCGGGGACAUUCCUGCACACCAAGGUGGUGAUCGAGACAGGAGCCGUGCCCAUUUUCAUUGAGCUUCUCAACUCGGAGUAUGAAGACGUUCAGGAGCAGGCUGUCUGGGCACUGGGAAAUAUAGCAGGGGACAAUGCCGAGUGCAGAGACUUUGUACUGAAUUGCGGCAUCCUCCCGUCCCUACAGCAGUUACUUGCAAAAUCCAAUCGUCUCACUACAACGCGGAAUGCUGUGUGGGCAUUGUCCAAUCUAUGCAGAGGCAAAAAUCCUCCCCCAGACUUUGCUAAGGUAUCACCAUGUCUGAGCGUGCUGUCCAGACUGCUGUUCAGCGGUGAUCCAGAUGUGCUGGCAGACGCUUGCUGGGCACUCUCCUACCUGUCUGAUGGUCCCAAUGACAAAAUCCAGGCUGUCAUCGACUCUGGAGUAUGCCGCAGACUGGUCGAGCUGCUUAUGCACAGUGAUUAUAAGGUGGUGUCUCCGGCUCUCAGGGCUGUGGGCAACAUUGUGACAGGGGAUGAUAUUCAGACUCAGGUGAUUUUGAACUGCUCAGCGCUACCCUGCCUGCUUCACCUGUUGAGUAGCCCUAAGGAGUCCAUCAAGAAAGAGGCCUGUUGGACGGUUUCCAACAUCACAGCAGGAAACAGGGCACAGAUCCAGACGGUGAUUGAUGCCAACAUCUUCCCCGUUCUGAUUGAGAUCCUGCAGAAGGCAGAGUUUCGCACCAGGAAGGAGGCAGCGUGGGCGAUAACCAAUGCCACCAGUGGAGGCACUCCUGAGCAGAUCAGGUACCUGGUGUCUCUGAACUGUAUCAAGCCCAUGUGUGACCUGCUGACAGUGAUGGACUCCAAGAUUGUGCAGGUGGCUCUGAACGGGCUGGAGAACAUCCUCAGACUGGGAGAACAGGAGUCUAAACAAAACGGCACCGGUAUAAACCCCUACUGUGCGCUCAUCGAGGAAGCUUACGGUCUCGAUAAGAUCGAGUUCCUCCAGAGCCAUGAGAAUCAGGAGAUCUACCAGAAGGCUUUUGACCUGAUUGAACGCUACUUUGGUGUGGAGGAGGAGGAUGCCAGCAUUGCUCCGCAGGUGGAUCAGAACCAGGGCCAGUACAUCUUCCAGCAGCCAGAGGGGCCCAUGGAGGGCUUCCAGCUUUAACCUUGUCUAGGACUGUCCGGCCAAGCUUCAGGUUCCACUUCCAUCUCAAUUGGAGCCCUGACACACUCUCUCACACACACUCUCACUCUCUCUCUCCACCUCUCUCUCUCUCUCUCUCUCUCUCUCUCUCUUUCUC